GUAAAACAGCCCACUCAACUUGACCUUUUUCAAGGUACUUCCUAUAUGGGCGCAUCUCGGGCACACGUUUUCAUUUAGGAAAAGAGUGCAGUGGAAAAUAUGCAGUAAGAAUAGAAAACGCCGAAAUGGAAACGAAGUUGGCCAAAAACGAAACUCAACUACGUGAGGAACGGAAGACGAAAGAAAGCCGAGAAAAAUCAGUCAAAAUGCCAUACAAAUUUAAUGAGAACAUUCUGUCACUGACGUUGGUGCAGAUCGCAACGGAAAACUGAAGCGCUGCAAUUGGAAACUGAAAGUGUAACUGGAGAAUCAAGUGGAUUACAUUCAGAUAUAGAUUUAUGAUCUAAACAAAAUGGUUUUGCUUUCGAGUUGGAGGCAACUUUGGCUGCUGUUGCUUUUGGUCGUGGGCCUUUCGUUGGGUCUGCCGAGCCUGGAAAAUCAGACGCACGAACAAAUCGAACAGAUAAUAGCCUGCAGACAGCCCAAGGCACCUGGUUUGUGCCGAGGUCGGCAGUUGCGGUAUGCCUACAAUAGGAACACCGGAAACUGCGAGAGCUUCAUCUACACGGGCUGUGCCUCCACUGAGAACAACUUCAUGACCUUCGAGGAGUGUCGCAGGGAUUGCAUGCAGCGCCUGCGCUACUGAAGUUCACUUAAACGAUGCUUAAUAUAUAUUUGUUGUUACAGAAA